GCAUAGUACAACAUUUGGGCUUUUAUCUCUUUUCCCCAUGAACAUACUCUGUCACCAAUACUUCUUUCUCUAUUCUUGUCUCAGUUCUUCCAUGAACUGAAAAAAAAAUCCAAGAACUGAAAAAAAAAAAAAAAAAAAUUAAAAAAUCACAAAUCCUGUUAAGAUGCUAUCAGCAUCAGAACCACCGGCAACGGCCGCCACUCCACCGCCGCAAUCCUCCGAAGACGACUUUUUCUCAUCAGCAUCGUUAGCAUCAACGUCUGCCACGUCAUCACCGUCCACGUCACCACCACAACCUCAUCCCCAGAUCCCAGUUACAUGGCCUGAUGACGGAACCCUAACCCUAACUUGGGUUAACAAUCUAAUGCUAGCAUUUGAUUGGUCAUCUAAGAAUCUAUCUCCUGAAGAACUUCCAUCUGUGUUGCCUGUACCUGUUUUUGAUAAGCUUGUAUUGACGGGUUCGAAGAUCUUGCAUAAAGAGCCUAAUUGUGUGUGUAUUGAUAGCGGGUUAGGGUUGGGUUCGGAUUCGAAGGUGGUUGUUGUUGGUGAUGUACAUGGGCAGUUGCAUGAUGUGUUGUUCUUGUUGAGAGAUGCGGGUUUUCCUUCUGAUGAUCGGUUCUUUGUGUUCAAUGGGGAUUAUGUUGAUAGAGGUGCUUGGGGUCUUGAGACCUUUCUUCUCUUGCUGGCUUGGAAGGUUCUUAUGCCCAAUAGGGUGUUUCUCCUUCGAGGAAAUCACGAGUCAAAAUACUGUACUUCUGUUUAUGGUUUUGAAAAGGAAGUUCUGGCAAAGUAUGCGGACAGUGGGAAACAUGUCUAUAGAAAAUGUUUAGGAUGCUUCGAAGGACUUCCUCUUGCCUCCAUUAUCGGUGGUAAUGUCUAUACUGCACAUGGAGGUAUUUUCCGCACUGUUGCUGUCACUCCAGCUAAAAGAGCUAAAGGGAAGAAGAACCGUAAAAUAGUUUUGAAUCCUGAUGUAAGUGCUUUAUCUCUUGGUUCUAUGGAGGAGUUAUUAAAAGCCAGGAGAUCUGUCCUUGAUCCUCCUUGGGAAGGUACAAAUCUGAUACCUGGUGAUGUAUUAUGGUCAGACCCUUCAAUGAAGAAGGGACUUUCCCCGAAUAAAGAAAGAGGAAUUGGUCUCUUAUGGGGUCCGGAUUGUACAGAAGAUUUUUUGAAGAAGUUGAAUUUAAAGUUGAUUAUAAGGUCACAUGAAGGUCCAGAUGCAAGGGAAAAGCGACCUGGACUUGAAGGAAUGGAUCAAGGGUACACUAUAGAUCAUGAUGUCGCAUCCGGGAAAUUGAUUACAGUAUUUAGUGCCCCAGACUAUCCACAGUUUCAGGCAACCGAGGAUAGGUACCGAAAUAAAGGAGCAUAUAUUAUUUUGGAACCUCCUAAUUUUGACAUCCCUGUUUUUCGUAGUUUUGAAGCAGUUACUCCAAGACCAAAGGCAAAUCCAUUCUAUGAUUUUGAAGAUUGCAUUGAUUCUGAUGAAGAACUAGACUUGGCAUCUAUGGCUACAUCGUAGUUGUUCUCAUGAUCAGUGCAGCGGCUUUUGCAAACUUAAAAUAUUUGUACAUGUUGAUAUAUUGGUUUUGAGGUGAUAUAAGUAAAAUUACUGCCAAACUAUUUCUCCUCCAACCUUCCUUGCCUGAUAGAGAAAUAUGUAUCAUGGUUUUGCUCAGAGCAGUUGCCGAUGUACAAUCAUUUUUGUAUCAAAAUUUAGAUUGGUUACUUCUUGUAUAGCUAUUAUCUUUAGUGCUACUUGUUUUGCUACCAUGGAGGACUUUUCCUUCAUAAUAUAUGCUCUUGAGAAGGUUUAUCUUUCA